GGUACACACACAAGCCCGUGUUUGUGACCGUCUUCGGGAUUAGAUGCUGUUUUUUUUUCUUUUUUCCCCUCUCUUUUUUGACAAUUCACCCGCUGAAGGCCGCGCGAGGUCGCUCCUAAUAUUAAUUGUCAUAAAAUGGAUUAUGUCAUGUUAGCAUAAGGACUCAACUGCAUUUCCGGCAUGCGCUUGUAAAAUAAAAGUUUCUUUACGCAGUGAGUAAACGCAACUUAAUCUAACCUGUAUUUCUCUGUAAAAUGCCAGAAAGCCGUUUGGUUAUUUGUGUGCAUCAUCAAUGAGCUUUCGUUUAUUCUUGUCUCAAGCAUGUCCUUGAAUUGAUAGUGGUCCUCUAGCUCGAGACAUUCUUUUACAUUAACAUCUCUGAAAAUAUUAGUAUUAUUUAGAUUUACGACCUAGAGAUCAUCAAAAGCAUCCAGUUGCAGAAAUAACACACACACAAAAAGAUUACAGUGGCCUUAAAUAAAAAUACUGCUGUGCUUUUAUUAUAAAGAAAAUUAUUCGUACGUCCCUUUUCUUUCACUCGCUGCUUCUUCCUACUUUGACUUAUCAAUGAGGCCCCCCACCCCCCACCCUCUGGCAACAAUUUCUUCUUCCACCAGUUCAGGCUUGUGCUUGGACCUUUGACAGGAGUCUAAUUUAAAAACCUGCUGGCAAGCCGUCUGGAACAAUUUCUGUUACAUACGAUUUCUAUAGGUGUAUGAGGUAUGUGUGUAUGUGUGUGUGUAUGACUGAGACCUGCAUCCAACACACUUGGAAGAAGUUGGCUUGAAGAUUACGCUGUGAGACCCCUGGGAUCCAGCUGACCCCCCUAAUGAGGACAAGUGCUAUAGACAAUGGAUGGAUGGAAAUGGGAGUUUGCAGAGGCACCAGCUCAGGAGAGGGGGAGGACUGAGUGACUAAGUGACCGGCUGCUUCUGAGGGACUUUGAUUUUCUGCAUUUUUAGUUUUGACUUUAUAAAGUUGCUUUUGUCAUGCCGUCCAACAGUCCUGCAGUCACCGAACUGCCCCAGACACCAGAAAACAAAACUUCCAACGAUGUGCGUGAAGAUGGAGCAGACCAGGACAGUCCAGAGGAGGCGACUCUGGAAAGCCCUCCAAACAAGCGUCGAGUGGGCCGUCCAAGCAGGAAACGCAAACAGUUUCUUCCUGAGAUGGCAACGUCUGACCCCUCUGCCCCCUCAACUCUACCGGAGGAGCUGGAGCCCUCCCCCUCCCCUCGCAAGAAACGUGGGCGUCGGAAACUAGAGCAUAACGACAGGAAUAAGGAUGAAGCAGACGACAGAAGCUGUGACUCCCCUAGAGAGGGUGAGACAGGGAGGUUGCGUAGGAAGCCAGUCCCCAGAGUGACUUUCCAGGCUGGAGAUCCGUACUACAUCAGCAGGAGACAGAAAGAAGAAUGGCUCAGCCGCUGGAAGAUGGAGGCAGAGAGACGGGCUUACAGGGAGGCUGAGAUGUGCAUGAUGGAUGACCUCACAUCAGAGGGUGUCUUUCAAAAAGAGGAGGAGCCAGCCAGCCCAGACCCCCCGACAUCCAGUCCUGACCAUUUGCCAUCCCAGCAACAAACAGAUCCCGCCUCGCCAACCGUUGCCGUAACACCAGAACCAGUCGCCAGAGGAGAGCAGGCAACGCCCAGAGAGAUCGAGUACCAGGAUGACAGGGGCUUUGGCAUCGGCACGUUAGUAUUCGGGAAGCUGCGAGGUUUCUCCUGGUGGCCUGGCAGGAUUGUUUCCUGGUGGAUGAGUGGCCGGAGUCGAGCCGCUGACGGGACGCGCUGGGUCAUGUGGUUUGGAGAUGGCAAAUUCUCCGUGGUUUGUGUUGAGAAACUUAUGCUGCUGAGCUCUUUCUCAUCUGCCUUUCACCAGCCCACUUACAACAAACAGCCCAUGUACCGUAAAGCCAUCUUUGAGGCUCUGCAGGUGGCAAGUAUGCGAGCAGGACGACCCUCUCCUUCCUGUGACCCUAAUGAUGAUGCAGAAGGUGUGGAGCCUCAAACCAGACAGAUGAUAGAAUGGGCUAUGACUGGCUUUUUGCCCAGCGGCCCACAGUCGCUGGACCCUCCUGAGGAGGAGCAGAAUCCAUAUAAAGACGUCUACUCUGAGAUGUGGGCAGAACCAGAAGCAGCAUAUACUCCUCCCCCUGCCAAGAAACCUCGCAAGAACGCCGCGGAAAAAGCCAAGAUCAGAGAGGUGAUCGACGAAGGAACCAGAGAGAGACUUAUACAGGAGAUUAAAAAGAAAACCCGGAACAUAGAAGAUAUUUGUAUCUCCUGCGGAAGCCUCAACGUCUCUCUGGAGCAUCCCCUCUUCAUGGGAGCAAUGUGCGUGGGUUGCAAAAAUUCCUUUCUAGAGUGUGCGUACCAGUAUGACGAUGAUGGCUACCAGUCCUAUUGCACCAUCUGCUGCGGAGGCAGGGAGGUGCUCAUGUGUGGCAACAACAACUGCUGUAGGUGUUUCUGCGUUGAGUGUGUGGAUCUAUUGGUCGGAACCGGCUCAGCAGCGGCAGCCAUCAAAGAAGACCCUUGGAACUGUUACAUGUGUGGACCCCGAAACACCUAUGGAUUACUGCGGCGACGGGACGACUGGCCUUGCCGACUACAGCAUUUUUUCGCCAACAAUCAUGAGCAGGACUUUGAGCCAGCCAAGUUGUAUGCUCCAGUUGCAGCAGAGAAGAGGCAGCCAAUCAGAGUCUUAUCACUGUUUGAUGGCAUCGCUACAGGUCUGUUGGUGCUAAAGGACCUGGGCAUCCAGGUUGAUAAAUAUGUGGCGUCCGAGGUUUGUGAUGACUCCAUCACUGUUGGCUUGGUCAGACAUCAGGGACGCAUCAUGUACGUGGGCGAUGUACGCAACGUAACCCAUAAACAUAUCGAAGAGUGGGGACCAUUUGACCUGGUGAUAGGUGGAAGUCCCUGCAAUGACCUCUCCAUAGUAAACCCUGCACGAAAGGGCCUUUACGAGGGAACUGGGCGAUUGUUUUUUGAGUUUUACCGUCUGUUGCACGAGGCUCGUCCAAAAGAGGGUGACGGGCGGCCUUUCUUCUGGCUCUUUGAGAACGUGGUCGCCAUGGGAGUCAGUGACAAACGGGACAUAUCUCGCUUUUUAGAGUGCAACCCUGUGAUGAUCGAUGCCAAGGAAGUUUCUGCUGCCCACCGAGCUCGAUAUUUCUGGGGAAACCUGCCCGGCAUGUCAAGACCCAUGAGCCCCAUGACGAAUGAUAAGCUGGACCUGCAAGAGUGUCUUGAGCAUGGUCGUACUGCCAAGUUUGAGAAGUUGCGUACGAUAACGACUCGCUCCAACUCUGUGAAGCAGGGGAAAGAUGAGCAUUUCCCCGUCUACAUGGACAACAAGGAGGACAUCCUCUGGUGCACUGAGAUGGAAAGGGUGUUUGGUUUCCCGGUCCACUACACCGACGUGUCCAACAUGAGUCGUCUGGCUAGGCAAAGGCUGCUGGGACGUUCAUGGAGUGUUCCCGUCAUCAGGCACCUCUUUGCCCCUCUUAAGGAGUACUUCGCCUGCAACUAGUCACACAACAACUCUCUCUCUCUCUCUCUCUCUCUCUCCCUCUCUCUCUCUCUCCUGCUCUCGCUCUCUCUCUCACACACUCACUCUCAAUCUCUCUCGCUCUCGCUCUCUCUCUCUCUCUCUCUCUCUCUCUCUAUUUCUCUAUUUCUCUCUCAGAAACAGACACGCAAACACACACUCACACAAAUAGCACACACACUUUUUGACAACAGAUAACUGUACAUAAUACACAGCUUGUACAUGAAGGUUGGCUGACGCAGAUGAAACAGAUGACCAGACAGACAUACACAUACACCACACACACUGCUUAGGACUUCAUCCCUUGAUCCCAAAUAACCUACUGGCUAAUCUUGGUCCCCAGGUGCUACCUUGCACACACACACACAAAUACGCACGCAUGUGCGCACGCGCACACACACAUCCAUCCAUACACACACACACACACACUUGCUAGUGCAGUUUCUGUACUAUAUGUCACACACAAACUUCCUUCCACCUGACCUUAAACCGAUGUCUUCUGCUGUUCUGCAUUAGUUACAGUCCCUAUGAGGAACCAACACAGGACAUCUCUCUCAAUACUCCACCAAAACUUAUUAUUACAAAUGUAAGAUUUUACACACGCAGUGGAGGUGGUGGAGUUGCAUUACUCAUGCAAUGAACAUAAAUAUCAAUACACACAUCCACCCCACACUCCAGCUAAAACCCACGGUGCUUGCCGGGCUGUACAAAUGGUGCCACUUUCACAUGACAUAAUUACUGUUCUUGGUGCUCCCAGAGACUUGUGGUCUCGGUUUGUUUUCAGUUGCUGCAGUUUUGGGUCCCUAACUGAUUUAAACUAAAUACUUCCAAGCAGGCACAGAGAUUAAACCAGCUACAGAGUAUACUCGAGGGCUGAGAGAGAAAGGAAAAAACAACAAUAAUACAAGGUAAAUUUCACUAAAUUAACUCCUCUGUUGAAUAAAUCUCAUUGGAUGAGUUAAUCAUCAGUGCAUUGAGCCAAAGUAACCCCAAUUAUAUUUUCAUUUGUACUUGGGUAUCAAGUUACUGUAUGUGUCUUGCAGAGCUAUUCAGAACGGUCAUUUAGGAAUCCCGCUGCGGUAGGGGUACAUUUAACUCUUCACUCUCUGGGAAUGGGCCUUUCAAAAUAUACAAAAUGUACUUGCACGAUAGUAUCGAGUGCUCUCAAGUGGCCAGAAAAAAACAUAUGGCUUGUGUAGGAGCCUCCAGGGAAUUUAGUAGGAUUUCAUAAAAAAAAAAAAAAAAAAGUGAUGCACUGUAUUUGUAGUUACUUGAAACAUCUUUGUCUUUUCAAAAUUAACAUUAUGUAAACAACACCCCCUCUUUUAUAUACACAAUAUUUAUACACAGUAAUAUACAAUAACCCUCUUAACACUGUGGAAAAUAUAGCAUUUGCAUAGAAAAACAGCAUUUUCAGCACAACAUAUCUGUCAUGUUUAUGUAAUGUGUUGCAGCUGCACAUGCCAUUUUUGGUGUUGUGUGUUAGUAGACUACUGAACAGCCUGAUUAUUCUCCAACAUGCUUCAACUUAAUAUACGAUAAUUCUUCGCUUCCAAUACAGUAGCCUAGUAAAUAACUGACAGCUAUUGUACUUUAUCUUGUAAUAUUUACUGCCAUUUAGGAUACACUAUACACUUGGUUGAGCUUGUUUUCUUUUAAACAAUCUCAAACGAUUUAUUCAAUAGAUGUUUUUAUUAUUUAGUCAGUUAUAGUAUGAUAGAAUUAUCCCAACACGAUACAACCCAAAUUUUUCUUCCUCACGUAUUUGCUGCUGUGCAACAAACACGCUAAUAUUCAUAAUUAACACUGUUGUAUCACAUCUGUUACUGUUGUAUCUCAUUAUCACAUCUGUUACUAUUGUAUCUCAUUCAAAUAAUGUGACUGGAAUAAUAAUAGUUCCAAGUGCCUGGCUGCUCUGUACCCCUGGGACCACGUGUGUUCCACAAAGGCGUGAGAUUCAGAUAAGACGGCCAUGACUCUGAAAAGAUGACAUCGGCUUGUCUGUCAAUAUGUGAGGCUAGGGCUGCAGCAUCAGUUUUUAUUUGCUGUAGUUUUCAAGUUCACCAGUGUGUGACUUAAUCAUUGGAGCUUCAUUCAGUGAAAUAAUGAAUACAUUUCAUCCUAGGUUAUGUCACGCUCUUUUAGACAUAAUUCUUUGGAUUUUUAUGUGAAAACGUAAUCACUCCAUCACUGGAUAAUGAAUCGCAAUGGUGACUGCAGUGCAAGAGAUUUCUGUAUAAAACAACUGAAUUUACUUUAUAUUAUGUUACUGUGAAACAGAUGAGAAUAGAUGACAUAUUUUAAUAUUAUGAUAACACCAAUAUCACAAUAAUGUAAUAAUCUUGUACAUUUAAGUUUUUCCACAAACUUAAAAAAAUGACAUUAUCUUAUACAUUCACUUUUCUCAUGUUAAUUGUAUGAUGAAGUGAUGAGAGUACUGAGUACUGAUUUACUGAUAUGUAUUACUUGGAUAUAAAAACAUGAUAAUCAUUUGAGUGGAUUUGGAUUUAGAAUCAGAAAUGCGAAUCUGUCGUUUCACAGUUGUACGUUGAUUUAUGUAGAGCUGUCGACACAUGGCUCAUUAAAACAAAGACGUGACGAUUGGAUUCACGCUUAAGAGUUACACGUUCCCAUUGAUUGCUGGACCUUUUCUCUCGACCCAGCUGCAAUUAAUGAAAAUCCACGAUAUAGAGAGAGCAUAUAAUAAAACUUUCUGUGAAAAUAUAUUUUAAGCCUUAAAAUAGCCCUUCCAUGUGCUUCAAAUACAUUUAAACGUAAUAAAACACAGAGGGAGUGUGUUGUUUCCAUACAAAACUAUUGGCAUAAGCCACAGAUUUCCAUGAUAUAGUGGGAAUUUUAACAGAAAAAUCUGCGUCAUAGCGGGACCACGAUAGGUAUACCUGUAAAGCUGGGUAUUACUGUCUGCUGACAUUUCUUAUCUUUUCAUCAAAACAAAAUGAGAUGCAAUGUUGACAGAACAUCAAGAAAAAUAAUGACAUUAGCAUCAUGUGAAAAUAAUAUACUGUACAGUAUUCAUUCAAUUUAAACUCAACAUCAGACAGCAUCAGUAUGAAUAUCUGACACUGGUGCUUAUUACACCUUGACCGAUUUUGAGAAAUAUCAUGAUACUGUAUCAGUAUAUUUUCCCCUUUUAAAGUGUGAUCAAAAUGGCCCAAUCAGUAAGGUUUAACUCAUCCAGCGAGAGUAUUCAAGCCUGUUAGGAGAGUAACGAUAACAGCCGUAGCACGGUGUCAAAAGGAGAUACUAUGAACUAAUGGACCUUUAAUGGUGGAAAACAACCUCUCUCGUGCCUCGCCCUCUUGUGCUCUGCUGCUGUGUUGUUGGGUGACAAACUAAAAGAAGGUUUGGUUGUAAGCAACCCAUUCUUGCAGCUCAACUCUCUUGCUUUAUUUUAUAGGGAUGCAAAAUGUUCUGUAGUUCUUGAGCAACAACAUCCACUAGAGGGUGAGGCAGACCUCUACUCUGUAGACACUAUGCUGGCUUUUGCCUUCCUAUAAGUGGAACAGAUUGCCACGUGUUAGUAUCAGAAAACUUUUUAUUUCACUUCGAAACACUGCAUUGUUAGUGCAUGGUGGUGCAGGCCCUCUUGAAAUUGAACAGAAUACAACAGGGAUCUUAUUUGUUAACUUGCAAAAUCUCUUUCAGUCUGGUGCUUUUGGUCCCAAGUUGGCCACUUUUUCUAGAGAAAACCUUCCAAUCCUCUGACCUUCCUCAGAAACCAGCUAACAACUGGACACACAGUCGACACACACGUGCACAAACAAUCAGAAACCGUAAACCAGCAGUUCUGUCUGUUGUUUUUUUUCGCCAUCAUGUUUACUCUCCGUUUAUACAACCAAACUUCAGGUGCUUUUUCAACCAACCUUCAGGUGCUUUUUCACCUCUGCUCUUUAUACAAUGCUCAACAGUGCAGGUUACACACACACAUAAAUACACAGUCGCUGGAAACAUUCUCAGUGCGGUGCUGAUGUACUCAAAAUACAUCAACUGUUGAUGCACAGAACAUGCAUAGACACUGUGUUUCUGCAGGACACCUGUCGCCACCAGGCCUUCCAUGGCACUGCUGGGUGUGACAUCAUAACCCUGCGCUGCAUUGGUGCUGUCAAAACACCCCCUAUUCCCCUCAGAUACUGCAUGUCGGUCUGUCAGUGUAAUCUCAUGUUAGAUUAGGGAGUAAUGGUGAUGAUAAAAAUAAUAGUAGUAUUAAUUAUAAUAAUAAUCUGUUAUUUUGUGUGUGUGUGUGUGUGUGUGUGUGUGUGUCCUGUUCAAGGUCGGUGCUCAGUUCAGUUCAGUCUCAGCCAAGAGGGGAAAGAAGCUUGAGAAAACAUAUUACAGUUAGUUAUAGUGACUUUGUCUUGUCUGGAGAACAGGAGGUGAAAGAUACUCUCAAACAAGAAAUGUGUUCAAACAACACCAACUGCAGUCUUGCAAUUGGGGCAAAUUCUAUUUGCUAUACAGUGGAACCUUAAAUUUCAAACAGAAAAACAUCAAACAAAUGUUUUUCUUUUUCGUUGUCUGUUUAUAUGACGCUACCUCAGAAAGGUACCUGUUAAUAGCAAAAAGGAGAAAAGUGCUAGUGACAAACUUAAAGCUGAAAAUCUAAUUGCACAUAGUGGUAGCAGAGCGACGAAAGUGGUACAUGCAUUUUUCUUACGUCAACAUUUUGACAGUAAUAAUAAAAAAGGCCCCAUUUUUUAUGUAACCUGAACCCCGCACAGACCAACCAGCCCUACAGGAAAGAAAGCUCAGAAUCAGCUUGGACUCUUAUGCAUUUAGCCAUAUGGUCAGUCGUUUAGUAUACACAUCUCUGUUCACACGAUUCAGUACAACAUGGUUAAACAUAGUCCAUCAACAAUAAUAAUUAAAGGGAAAAUACCUCCCAAAGGGCCUGAUUUACUAAGAUCUCAAAUAGCGAGUGCUAAAUUGCAUAUUCACUCUUAAAAAAAUUGCGUGUUCUAUGUGAUUUACUAAGAUUACGAUAUUUUGCUGAAGUCCCAAAUAGUGGGCUCUAAAUUGGGUGAUAACUAAUAGAUUAUGUGCGCUGUUGGCAAGAGGUGUCAAAGUGGUGGAGACUGCUGUAUUUAAAAGAUGAAGUUUGAAGUGAUGGAAUUGGAAGUGUUAGUGGAAAACAAAAAUAAUACUGUAGUGAGUAACACAAAAGACAUUUAUUGCUCACAUCAUUUUGGGGAAGUCAGCAACCGAAAAAAAAAAAAAAAAAGCCAUGUUUUGAGUGAUUUAACUUACCGGGUGUGUGGGAAUUGGAUUCAUCUGCCUAUCCUGCAUAACAUUGCAUUUAAAACUUGGAAGAGGCCAGCACCAAUUGUCACCACGUGCUGAAAUGGCCCAGAGACAAGGAAAUGCAGAGUUUUGUCGUAAGUGAUAUGGAAUGACUUGUCUUGUGACUGGCUCCAAGUCUUAGAUGAUUCAGAAGCUCCAAGAUUGCAUCGCUGAAUAGAUGAUAUGUCGCCAUAAUUUUGCUUUCUGGCAUUUCACGUUUAGACGAGCAGAAAAGAUCCAUUCUCCCCGCCACCUCUCUUUUUGCCUGCGCUACGCUGGCACUGCUUUGCAUGCCGGGUUGCAUCUGUCUUUCAAAUGAUGACAUAAUAAUAUAAAUAAGACAUCGCAAUGCAUCUCAGGUUCGAUAAAUCGCGUUGCGCGUGCUGAACUCACCAUUUGCAUAUGAUGUUACCAGAACGUGCAAAAUGAACUGUGCGGCAAUUUUGCUUGUUUUUCAGAUGCAAUCUUGGGUGCGUCAAGUUAGUAGAUUAGCUUCCACACCUGUUUACGUGAGAAAUCAAAUUUACGCCCAUUUCUGCAUGCACAAACCUGUAGUAAAUCAGGCCCAAAGGGAGCAGUGUGUAGUUGCCAUGCGCAUUCAUCACCAUGUUUGUCGCAUGCCGUAAACCAGUGGUCCCCAACUUUUUUUGCACCACGGACUGGUUUAGAGUAGGCAUUUUUUUUCACGGACCGGCUGUCAAGGUGUGCCAUAUAUAUACAGCAAAAAUAAAUUGACACAACUGGCUUAAAAACGAAUGUUAAAUGCUUGAAAAAUACAACUCAUCAUAAUGCAUAACGGAUAAAAGAAGCUUUCUUUUUCUUUGAGGUCGUAGGCUCUUCUUCUGGCUCCUCAGGUGGCCUUUUUCCUUUUAAAAAGAAGCUCUCCUAUUGUUUGCUUUUUACUCAUUUUGCUAGUUUGCGGACUUAUUUUUAGUAACGUAUCACGUGGCCGACCUACAGUCUAGUGUUGUUUCGUUCCCGAACGAAUCAAAAGAACAAAUCUUUUCAGUGAACGUAAUGAUGUGAAUCAGUUUAUGAAAUGAUUCGUUCUUUGAGCUUGGCCGCCGGCAUGAGCAAGUCGGCUGGGAGCGGAAACGGAACCGCUGCAGCGUUCUGUGCGGUCUUGACGUGUCAAUUGCGACGCGCAGCUGUUGGAGCGGAGAAGCUCCGGUAAUCUCCGGUCAUUUUUCACACAUUUGACACACGAAAAUGCAGUACAACGGAUAUUAUAUAAAUUGGUCAUUCCUUCUAUGCGGCCCGGUAACAAAUGCCUCACGGUCCGCGGACCACGGGUUGGGGCCCACUGCCGUAUACUAUUAAUAGUGGUUCACUUCUUCUUACAAUAAGUUACGCCAAUUAUACAGCCGUUAUUUUUUUUUUUUACAAAUGUGUGAAAGUUAAAAAUGAUAAAAUGUUAACAUUUCCCGUAUAAUUAAUAUAGUUUUUAUAACAUACAACAUUAUUGUUUAUUAUUAUGACAAUUUGGGUACAGAUUUGAGCAAAAAUCACAGAGGUUGACGAGCAUGAUUGGCUUUCGCGGGCCACAUAAAAUGAUGUCUGGCACCUAUUCACUCGAGGGAUGUUUGGACUCAAUGAGCAAAUGAUCUGGCAUAUAAAAAUGCCAUUUUUAUUCCCACUCCUUUCAAGGUUGCAAUCUAGGCCACCGAGGCAGUGCAGUCAUUUGUGAUAUUGUUCAAGUGGCACUGUCGUUAGUCCCAUUUGUAUUUCAGGUAAUUCUUUGCUGUGAUUUCUGACAGAACUACAUUCCAAUCCGUUGCAGCUGUACAUGUAAGUCGUUCUUGUAUGUUAAUUACAAACCAUGUUCACACACUAAACCGAAUAUGAUAAUUAGUUCCUAACAUUGACAACACAAUGUUAUACAGGCUGAGAUCAUUUCAUGCCAAUAACCCGUCCCUUUCUCAGAUGCAGCCAUGUUUUUAGCCCUAAUCGUGCACAAUUAUCAUCUUCUAACUGCUUUAUGUUAUUAUUGCUGACUUAGUAGGGAGAAUAAUUCAUUUGCUUUGAUCAAAGAGUAAAGCUAGCUAAACAGGCUAGAGACGACCACUGUCUCAGUUUGAGGUGUGAUGUGAACAUGUUUCUGUUUGAGAGUGCAAGGGGGACAAGAGCCAGAGGAAUGCAAGCAUCGUUUUGAUUGACAGCUGUCAAUUGUUAAGAGUUGAGGUUGUCUUAAGACAGUGAAGAUGGUUAGCCUAAUGACAGCUUUUAGGCUGAGUGAUGCGCAGUUUUCAACACUGAUAUCAGACUCGCACGUACACACCAAAAAAAACCAAAAAAAUUACUGUUGUUCACAUACACACAGAGCAAACAUUGCACAUACACGUCUACAAACACAACACUUACACACCCAAUGCUGCAGCGCAUUCAGAUGACACUCAUCUCAAGGACUACAUGAAAGAUGAGCUUUUAGGAAAAGUGGAACUGCUGGUGUUUCAAAAAGGUGCUACAAUUGUUUUCUGAAAAUAAGAAAAAAUAUAUUGCUAGGAGUAUAAAAGUUUGUCUUUACAAUGACUGUAUUUAAGUUUGUUGUAGUAAUGAAGAGGCACUAUUAUUAUUUUACUCUUGUAUGAAUAUGAACUAAUUAAAAGGCAUUUUAACUUUGUACUUGAACAAUGUAAGAAAAGAACCGUGAAUAAAAAAAAAGACUGUU